AUGAGAAGCACGUCGUACACGCAGAAGAGUCUAACAGUUAGCGGAACCAGCAAAAUGCGGGUGCAGAGCCCAUCACCCUCUCGCUGCAGGGUAUCAUCCCAUGGCCGUGGCCGCCUGGGGCACCCCCAGGGUGUUGUGGAGCUGGGCACCGAGCUCCACCAGUACCGUGCCAACGAGAAGGAGGAGAUGCAAGAACUGAAUAUCCGCUUUGCGAGUUACAUAGAAAAGGUGCAAGCCCUGGAGCAAAGGAACGCUGCCCUCCGCGCCCAGCUGGCUGAUCUGCAGGGCCAACAGAAGGAGGGCCCCUCUGGCGUCGGCCAAGAGUAUGACAUCAAGUUCAAGGAGAUGAGGGCCCUUAUUGAGUCCCUGACCAAAGAGAAAGGGGCUGCGGAUAUUGAGAGGGGCUACAUCGAGGAGGAGGUUGAGAUAUGGCGGCUGAAACUUGAGGAGGAGCUAGCACUCAAAGAGGAGGCGGAGAGGAUCCUCAGAGAGUUCCGUCAGGAUGUGGACAACGCCACGCUGGAGAAGGCUGAGCUGGAGAAGCGUGUGGAAGAGCUGGUCGCGGAGAUUGAAUUCCUGAAGAAGCUGCAUGAAGAGGAGGUGGCUGACCUGAUGAAGCAGAUUCAGGAGUCCAAAGUGACGACCGAGCUGGACUCGGACCGACCUGACCUGGCUGCCUACUUGCGCAACAUGCGGGCGGAGAUCGAGCAGGUGGCGGCACGCAAUGUGCAAGAGGCUGAAAAGUGGUACAAGAGCAAGUUUGACACGCUAAAGGAACACGCCAGCAAAAAUGAAGCGCAGGUGCGAACCAUGAAGGAGGAGAUCACCACCUUCCAUAGCCAAGUGACAGACCUCCAGAACCAAAUCGACGCCGCACGUGCACGGAACGCGUCCCUGGAGCAGCAGCUGGAGGAUAUGGAGGUGGGGCACCUGGACAAGGUGUCCAGCCUGCAGCACACCAUCACUCAGCUGGAGACCCAACUCUGUGAGACCAAGAUAGAGAUGAACAAGUACCUACAGGAUUACAAGGAGCUGCUUCACAUCAAACUGAAGCUAGAUGCUGAGAUUGCCACCUAUAGGAAGCUGCUGGAAGGAGAAGAAAAGAGGCUGGGAAUUUCUGCAGAGAAACAAUCAAGUGAAUAGUGUCCCCUUAUGGCGUUUUUAUGGUAGCACAGUGACUGCCAUAACCUGUUUGGUGUACUUCACCAGCUCUCACAGUAUUUUCCUUAUUUUGCUUAUGCAGCAAAUACUUCAUAGGAUCUGCAGCUCUGUAAUGUAACAUAACCAGUCAAAAGAGAUGAAAAUUUAAAAAGGCAGGCCAAGCACAAGAAAUUCUGCCAAUGCCAAAACAAAUUUGUGUGCACAGCCAUGGAACUCCUUGAUCUAACAUUCAGGUUAGAGCUCAACCUGAACAAUGAUGCGACACCAAAAAAAACCAUAUUUUACAAAUCAGCUGGAAAGAUCAAUGAGAAAACUGGCCAAUCAAAAUCAGAUUUUAGAUAUUUUUUUCUGUCUACCCAGAAUAACUUUA